CCAGAGACCUCGACACUACAUGUAGGUACCUGAGUACUACUACUCCAUCAUCCGGCAACGUGACAUGAUGGUCGACCAGGACAGGACCGUGGAAGCAAGAAUGCCACUUGCGCGAGAAGUCGAGCUCUACACGGAAGAAGAACUCGACCGGCACUUGGAAGAGAACGGACUAACCGUGAUGGUACAAGACCCGAAAAACAUCACGCCUGAAUUCAUUCAGAGGCUGAGAGACAAAAAAGAGCGUUCACGCGAAUCAUGCACCCUCGAUCUCGACCAAGUCAACGCUCUACUCCAAUCCGUCCCUACCACCACCCCUGAUCUGUUCCGCAAUUCGCCCUCACCUGCUAGCACCCCGUCGUCUCUACCUCAAGAAGAAGUAGAUGCUGAGUGCCUACGCGUCGAGACGGAAUCCUACCAUAUUCUUGUUAAUGAUGGCGCCCACCCUCCAUAUCCCUUCCAUCUUCUCGAAAGCUUCCUCUGGAAUCCGGAACAGUACCUCGAGCAUGAAGAGUAUGGUGACAUUGUCUAUUACUGGAGAGUGUAUGAGUCCGACAAAUCUGAACGCACCUGCAUCUGUGCAGGCCACCUAUCGAAAUGGAGAGUUUUCCGCAACGUCCAGAAGAUAAUUAGAGAGCGAGGAGUCCAGAGUGAACCGGUCCUGUGGGCAGCGGCAAGCUACACCGGCGGCUUGGAAACUUACGUGGACCAUUAUGGUUCUAUUGACGGACAAUGGGACUUCAAAAAAUAUGCAGAGAGGUUAACGAGACGACUAUCCAAGUAUGGAUUCACUCGGCAAUUCCAGCUCGAACGUAAUCUAGACCGGCAAGACAAGCUGACUACCUGGAUCGAGUAUCUCGGCUACGAGUACCGGUUUUAUGACUAUGCAGCAACUUUCGUUAAACGUUCCCAGCGACGGCACGAUAGAGGCUGGAAAAAGCUAGUUGACUCCAACCUCUUACGGCCGGAGGAGACGUAUGAUGUUAUAUGCGAUGUCAACACUAGCUUUCAGCAUGCCAACGAAGAAGAGAGGGCAGAGAAGGCGGUACAAUCGGCGACGGCAGCUGUGUCUUCGACCGAGAGUAUUAUUGCUAGAUCAGAUGGCUCUACAACAAAACUUCGACAACGCCUAUCAGCAGAACAAGCUACGCUAGAUGCCGCCAGGGGAAGCCUUGAGUCGAUCAAGACGCGAAACGAAGCUAUCACCGAAUUUCUUUCGCCGAUGAGGGAAUAUUUUUAUCAGAAAGAUGAAGCACGCCGUCAUAGUGCAUUACUACGGUGGAUUGUUCGCCAAAUCCCAACUAUUGAGCUCGAGCUGAACUCACCCGACAACGCCGAGAACGACCCAGAUCGUAUCCAGAGACUCCCAGAAACCAUUGAAGGACAGCAUUCUCAGGAAUACCUGGGCACGCAUGCUGUAGGCGACAAGCAGUCGGAUUCAGUCCAGGGAGCACCAUCAAUUUCCUCUUCGCUAAUACCCCAAUCACACAAGCGCCGACGCAGCUCGUUCAAUAAUGAACCAGUAUCCAAGAGACAUAAAGCCAGUCCCGAAGAGAUCGUGGCUAGUUCUUCAGCACCUAAUGCAUCCCCUUCAGUAACGGCAAGACCAGCAACAGAAACAAGGACCACCCCAGGACUGGAAACCAGCAAGGCCCCUUCAGGCGAUUCUUCACGACCGCUCAAGCCUCUGCGCCGCAGUGCGAGGAUUGCGCAACUAGCGACAGAAACAAAGACGACCCCAGGGCUGGGAGUAAGCAAGAUUCCUUCAGGCGAUUCUUCACGACCGCUCAAGCCUCUACGCCGCAGUGCGAGGAUUGCGGAAAUAGCGAGAAAAAAGGCCAUGUCUAUUGAGACGAGGAUAGCACCAGUUGAGCCAAGAAGGUCCGGAAAAAGCACUUCAGUGAGUGUGCCAAGAGGAUCGGGACGAAGGAGGGGUAGACGGCGAGGUGCAGUAGGUAGAGUCAUAAGGAGCUAAGCGGGUAUGAUACUGUAUUGGAAUGAAGACGAUGAGCACCACGCCGCCAAGAGUCAACAGUACAUGUAGUAC